AUGACGUCCACCGUGGCUGCAAACCGGAUGGAACGCGUCAAGGAACAGUUCCGGGAGAUUCGCGUCAACAACGCCAAGCUGUUAGUCCUCGCCGAGGCCGCUACGAAGACCACGCAUCGAUACUUCACCGAGGAGCUGUAUCAACAAGCCGAGGUCCAGAUGGAUGCUGCCCUUGACUACCUGGCCGAAUUUGCCAUACCUCCCAUUGCCGCCCCGCACAUCAACAUCAUGGACGCUUCGAACGCAAAGUCCAUUGAUUUUCUGCUCACGGAACAAUCAUUCACCAUCGACGCGAUCAAUCGCAGUUUGGUGAAUGUCAAGAAGCUGUCCAAAGCACAGACAACUGUAAUCAAACUGGAGAGCCGAUUGAAGAAGCUUCACGAUCAAUGGUCAUCGUGCAAGGCUAUUCAUGUGAGGAUUCUGCAUGCAGUCACGCCCAAGGAAAAAAGCGAACUUCCAUACUUCGUCAAGGAGGAAUUCUAUGCUGCGGAAGAAACGUAUGACGUCACCGUGGACCUGAUCAACGAAGCCAUCAAAAAGCUAAGUCCAACCCCUCCUACGCAUAAUACGAGCGAUCGAUCGUCUAUUUUUGAUUCCGACACGCGUCGUCCGAUACAUUUGCCGCGCAUUUCAUUGCCUAAAUUCUCCGGCAAAUUUACGGAGUGGGAAAAUUUUAAAGGUAUUUUCGAGUCAUUAGUGACUAAUAACGAUUGUCUGUCAAAUACAGAAAAAUUACACUAUUUAAAAACAAGUGUCACCGGUGACGCAGCGCGAUUAAUAGCGAAUAUUCGAAUUGCGGAUGAAAACUAUGCUGCUACGUGGCAACUGCUAACCGACGAAUACGACAAUAAGUUUGCGAUCAUUCAAUCUCACAUCCAUGCAUUUGCGGAACUCCCGAUAAUGCGAUCGGAAACCGCCGCGGAAUUACGCCAACUUCGCGACUCAGUAGCAGCAUCUCUCGCUGCUUUAGACAGCCUUGAUCGGCCGGUCAAAUCAUGGGAUGAUCUACUCGUUUAUUUGAUAUCACGCAAAUUUAGUUCUAAAACUAAAACCGAAUGGAAUUUAAAAUGUGGUAGCCUGUCGGAAUGCCCGACUUAUAAAGAAAUUCAUGAUUUUAUGACCGUACGCAUCCGUGGACUGACCGAUCAGGGCAUGUCAAUAGAAAAUUCGGCGUCCAAUUCUCGCAAUGGAAAACCGCGCGGUACCGUCAAUAAUGUAAUUACAUUAAACUGCGUUGAAUGUUCCGGAACUCAUUGGCUUUCGAAAUGCGAUAAAUUUCUCGCACGAUCGAUAGAUCAACGAAUUAAUUUUAUCGACCAGAAACAGUUGUGUCGAAAUUGCUUCCGGAAAGGUCAUUCCGCGAACGUCUGUAUGUCACGAGGUCGAUGCUUACGAUGUCAGAAACGACAUCACACGACAUUACAUAAAUUAUUUAAAGCCGAAUCGAAGGAUGACGCGUCUCAGCAAUUACCCGACACGAAAUCAGAGACACUCGUACAAAGGGCGUCUCCCGUCACAGCUACGGUACAAUCCGUAUCGCCGAAAACGCGCUCGCCUGCGAAUAUUCUCCUCGCUACUGCGUGGGUAAUCGUGCGGACACAAGAAGGACGUACUACACUGGUGCGUGCCCUUCUGGAUCAGGGAUCCACAUACAGCUUCAUAAGCGAAUCUUUAUGUCAAACGUUGCGAACCAGGCGUCAACGCGCUAAUCUGCAGAUUCGAUGCUUCGGGGAAAAAUACAGCGGGUCGGCUCGCUCGCGGGUUCACAUAUCUCUCUCUCCAAGUUUCAAUCCGCGAAAAUCCGUCUCGUUAUGGGCAUACGCCUAUGAAAAAAUCACUUCAUACGCUUCCUCUCAGAUCCGGGAAAUAAAUUCAUGGCCACAUUUGCGCGGAUUGCAACUUGCAGAUCCUGAUCCGUCGAGCGCCCACCAAAUUCAUUUACUAAUCGGGGCCGAUUUAUACGGUGCUCUGCUAAUCGGUGACAUUCGUCAUGGCCCGCCUGGGACCCCGACAGCGCAGUCCACUCUGUUCGGCUGGAUACUCUCCGGACCAACAGGCCCCACGGAUGCAACUCAUCCUCCGGCUGACGUUCACAAUUGCGUCGUUGAAGACGACCUCGCUCCCGUCAUCCAACAAUUCUGGACAGACGAGACAAUUUCUGAUUCCAAGCCUCCGCUAACGGAGGACGAACAACGUUGUGAGCAACAUUUUGCUGCAACUCACAAGCGCGACGUACAUGGCCGCUACGUGGUACGAUUGCCGUUUAAGAAUGGCUCACCGCCGAGUAUAGGUGAAUCAUUUCAAAUCACUUCAGUGCUUCACGCCAAAUUAACAAAUCGGCUGUCACGACAGUCUGAAAUUAGAACGCUCUAUCAUGCGUUUUUAGCAGAUUACGAGGAGCUGGGUCACAUGACCCAGAUCAAACCCUCCACUUCUAAUCUUUCGGACGCGGCUUACAUACCGCAUCAUGCUGUCCUUCGCGAACACAGUACCACCACGAAACUACGCGUGGUGUUCAAUGCUUCCUGCCGUACAUCAAACGGCACUUCAUUAAACGACCAUCUUAUGAUCGGUCCAAAACUCCAACAAGAUUUAGCCGCAAUAGUUCUUCGCUGGCGAUUAUUUCAAUACGUGUACACAGCUGACAUAGCGAAAAUGUACAGACAAAUCUCGGUCCAUCAUGAAGAUCGAGAUUAUCAGCGAAUACUGUGGCAACCCCCGGGUUGUGCACAUAUCAAUCACUACCAAUUAAAUACCGUUACAUACGGCACCGCUUGUGCUCCAUAUUUAGCCAUGCGCGUAUUGCAACAACUAAACGAGGAGGACGGGCACGAGUUCCCCCUCGCACAAACGAUUUUUCGCGACUCAAUCUACGUUGAUGAUACUCUCUUCGGCGCGGAUGAAAUCUCCGACGCCAUCAAAACUCGAGAUCAACUCAUUGCGCUCAUGAAGCGUGGCCAGUUUGAUCUACGCAAAUGGACUGCAAACUCUUCGGAGUUGCUGGCAGACAUUCCGCUUGAUAGGCGGCAAUCGGAUCUCGCUAUUAAAAGCGAUGACUCACUGAAGGUGCUUGGGCUGUCUUGGUCGCCGCACACUGAUUCAUUCUGUUUUAAGGUAUCUUCUGGCACCUCUGGUGCGAACACAAAACGCUCAGUCUUGUCGUUGAUUGCAAAGCUAUACGACCCACUCGGAUGGGCGUCGCCCGUAGUAAUUACGGCUAAAAUUUUGCUUCAAGAGCUCUGGCUCGCAAAAAUCGACUGGGACGAUCCGCUCCCCCCUGAUCUUCUCCAGCACUGGAUUUCAUACUAUUCUGAUUUACCCAAGCUCGAAACAAUUAAAAUUCCACGAUGGACAGGUUCGCAUCGAGAUAAUUUAGGAAUGGAACUACAUGGUUUUGCCGACGCAUCAAAGCGUGCGUACGCCGCUAUGGUGUAUUUGCGCGUUCUCAGAUCCUUUGACGACGUUCAGAUUACGUUGCUAUGCGCUAAAACCAAGGUUGCGCCUCUUAAGACGCUCAGUAUCCCUAGACUUGAACUCAACGCAGCAGUUUUACUCAGUCGACUGAUUAAAUGGAUUUAUCGGUCUUUCAAUCUGUCAAACGUUCCUGUGUACGGUUGGACGGACUCCACUGUUACCCUAGCUUGGAUAACUCAACACCCUUCAAGGUGGCGUACUUAUGUCGCCACUCGCGUAUCGGAAAUCCAAACCACUCUUCCCACAAUUAAAUGGCAUCAUGUCAAAUCAGCUGAGAAUCCGGCAGAUUGCGCCUCGCGCGGCUUGUCUGCUACCGAAUUUAUGAAUCACUCUUUGUGGUUUUCUGGACCGUCCUGGCUCCGCACUCAUUCUUCGACGUGGCCAAUUCAAUCGACAAGCAAAGACAUAUCGAUUAACGCUUUACUGGAGGAAUCCUCCUCGGCCGUCGGUGCAUCUUACCGACAAUGUCACUACAUGGAAUCUCCCGAACGACAUUUCAACAUGGACAAAUUGAUACGGACAAAAGUUGUAUUAUAUGAAGAGGAGUUACAUGAUGAAAAUAGACUUAACUUUGAGUGA